ACAAGGAGGUAAAUCUAGAGAUCCGGUAUGGAAUUAUUUUACUGCAACAGAAAUUCCACAUGAUUCUCACCUGUCAGCACAAAGUAAAUUUUGCUUCAAGUCAUGGAAAUGUGGUAAACCUUCUGACUUGAAAGGGCAUUUGGCUCUGAAAUGCUCAUUGGUUAAUAGAAAAGUAAAAUUAAAAUACUUAAGAUUAAUUAAAUCAGAUGAUAAUAUAAAAUCUGCAAUAAAAG